AUGUCUCGCCGUUACGAUUCCCGAACAACCAUCUUUUCGCCUGAAGGCCGUCUCUACCAGGUCGAGUACGCGCUCGAAGCCAUCUCGCACGCCGGUACCGCCAUCGGCAUCCUGGCCAAGGAUGGCAUCGUCCUAGCCGCCGAACGUAAGGUGACGUCGAAGCUUCUAGAGCAGGAUACAUCGGCCGAGAAACUGUACAUUCUCAAUGAGUCGCUUAGCAAUAUGAUCUGCGCCGUCGCCGGCAUGACGGCCGAUGCCAACAUCCUCAUCAACUACGCUCGCCAAGCCGCACAGCGGUACCUCCUUACCUACAACGAAGACAUUCCCUGCGAGCAGCUCGUCCGGAGACUGUGUGACUUGAAGCAGGGAUACACCCAGCACGGAGGUCUCCGUCCGUUUGGUGUUUCUUUCAUUUACGCCGGAUGGGACCCUAGGAGGCAGUUCCAGCUCUACCUCAGCAACCCUUCAGGCAACUAUGGUGGCUGGAAGGCCACCAGCGCCGGCGCCAACAAUGCCAGCGCCCAGAGUCUGCUUAAGCAGGACUACAAGGAGGACUGCACCCUUGAUGAGGCGUGCUCCAUGGCCGUCAAGGUCCUGAGCAGGACGAUGGACUCGACAAAGCUGAGCAGUGAGAAGAUCGAAUUCGCUACUGUGGGCCAGACCGAAGACGGCAAGAUUUAUCACAAGCUAUGGAGUGCAGACCAGAUUGACGACUUGUUGAAGGAGAACGAUCUGGCCAAGGCCGAAGACAGCGAGGACAAAUAA